GUGCCGCUCCCAUCACAGGCUGUCGAGAGGGGUUUGCUUUGUUUGGGGAGAAGAAGGUAGAAGAAGAAGAAGAAGGAUGUCUUGCUGCGGAGGCAACUGCGGAUGUGGGUCGAGCUGCCAGUGCGGCAGCGGCUGCGGAGGAUGCAAGAUGUACCCUGACUUGUUGACCGAGAGGGAUACCACCGCCCAAACCAUGGUUAUGGGGGUUGUUCCUCAGAAAGGGAACUUUGAGGAGUUGGACAUGGCAGCUGAAGGGUCCGAGAAUGGCUGCAAGUGCGGAUCCAACUGCACCUGCGAUCCCUGCAACUGCAAAUGAGGGAGAUGAUCAGAGUUUGAAGAGGGAGAGGAGCAGCAUCGGUGGUGGUGUUGUGGGGUUAGUGACUUGUGUUUGGACUUGGUGAUGGAAAUAAAAGGCCAUGGCUUACUGUCUCAACCCUCUUCCCUCGGAGGAUGUUGUUCUCGUCACCAUGGCUGAGAGAGAGAACAGACCUCUCCCUCUCUCUCUCUCUCUCUCUCUUGCUUCUAUCUUGUUGUCUGUGGUUUGUGUGCGUCUGCUGUUAGUUUCGAGUGUUGUGUGUCGUUUAGUACUUGAAAAAGAAGCAAGUUUUCUUCCUGUGAUGCA